AACUUCAAUUCACCAGCGACUUCUUCAAAUUCUUCCUGACCCCCAAAAUGGCCAUAUAGCAAGAGUGCGCUGAACCCACUCCCUAAUCGUGCUAAUUCGUCAAAAACUCAUCUCCGUCUCAUGCACCCUCCGCCCCUUGCUCUCGUGUGCCCAGGUGCAGUUCCAUCGCUAAAAGAACAACAGAAGCCCGGUGACUCGAACCUGCUGGGGGCAAAGAACAGCUCGGGCCAACGAGAGGGGAGGACUCGCCCGUUAUAAGCACGGACACCGGCUAUUCAGCAGCUUAGCAACUUAGUGUCGGUCCCUGGGUCCCUGCUGGUAACAACGACGAGGUCCAAACACUCGUGUUCCUCCUCGUCGCGUGUUUCUUCUUCUCGUUGUCAUCCCGCGUUGUCCGACUAACAAUGAAACAACAACGAACCAAGUCACCCGCGAUGGUGCUGAUGAUUGUCAUGAUAAUCGCGGUGAUCCCGACGAUCGCGGGCACCAGUGAGGAUCCCGUGGGCAAAUCGAUGAUCUUCCAGUCGGUCGAUGAGACACACAGAGAACAGGAGGAUGACAACGCGGUGGUCGUCGACGCUGCCAGUGAUAGCGACGCUUCGUUGGAUUCGAGGGACGGUCGUGGUAUCCUGUGGAACGGAAUUUCUAAUAGUGAGACUUGUUUGACUUCGAAAGGAGAAGUUGGACGGUGUACGAGCUUUAAGGAGUGCUACCCUUACUUCAAGAUUCCUGAUCUGAGCGCUCUGGAUGGAUGGGUUCUUGGCGUUUAUGAUACUUGCAGUUAUAUGAGAGAAAAUGGCGAGACGAACUUUGGUAUCUGUUGCUCCAAUGUACUUCCUGUGGUCACUCCGCCGGCGGACAACGAUGGCACCACUGUAGAGGACUCUCAGGGUGAUAAAAAGGAGGAUCAAGGAACGGUUGUAAAACCAAGGCCGCAGUUGCCGGGUCUGGGUUCCUGGCCACCGCCGCUACCGACGCAUCCACCCGAUCACACCAUACCACCAUUGCCCACUCAUCCUCCGUAUCUUGAAUUACCAACAAUCUCCACGAUCAAACCAGUUUCCACGUCGAAAAAACCUGGUAUCGCUACGACCUGGCCAACGAAAAAACCUGCCUGGUGGCCAGGCGCUCCGACCGUGUCGACGACGACGACCAGCGAAAAACCGUCCGGAACCAUUUCCGACGCCUCGCAAUGCGGAGCGAAAAACGGUAUCCAGGACCAGGAGCGCAUCGUGGGCGGUCAGAAUGCUGAUCCCGGCGAGUGGCCUUGGAUCGCGGCCCUCUUCAACGCAGGCAGACAAUUCUGUGGUGGAUCACUCAUCGAUGACAAACACAUUCUCACCGCGGCUCAUUGCGUUGCUAACAUGAAUUCGUGGGACGUAGCGAGAUUAACCGUCCGUUUAGGCGACUAUAAUAUCAAGACAAACACGGAGAUCCGACACAUUGAGCGACGAGUCAAGCGGGUGGUCAGACACAGGGGUUUCAAUGCACGCACCCUUUACAACGACAUUGCUCUGCUUACUCUCAACGAACCAGUUCCUUUCACAGACCAAAUACGUCCCAUCUGUCUGCCGAGUGGUUCACAACUGUAUUCUGGAAAGGUUGCCACGGUGAUUGGCUGGGGAUCCUUAAGAGAAAGUGGACCACAACCAGCAAUUCUUCAGGAAGUUUCGAUACCCAUCUGGCCCAACAGCGAGUGCAAGGUGAAAUACGGCGCAGCGGCACCUGGCGGCAUCGUUGAUAGCUUCUUGUGCGCAGGAAGAGCUGCAAAGGAUUCUUGCUCAGGUGAUAGCGGAGGACCUCUGAUGGUCAACGAUGGACGCUGGACGCAAGUAGGUAUCGUCAGCUGGGGUAUCGGAUGUGGUAAAGGCCAGUAUCCUGGUGUCUACACGAGAGUAACGCAUUUCCUGCCCUGGAUCUAUAAGAAUCUGAAGUAAAUCGCGAUAGGAGUUACGCUACUCCACUUGUUUGAUAAGAAAUCAUUUGUCACCCCCACAUUAAACGCCAUUUGUUUUAUACGUAAGAAUAACAGCUUCCAUUUCUGUAACUCCUUAUCAUGGAUAUCCAUGUGAUGCGAUACGAUUCGCUCGAUUAAAACGAAAGCUGCUAAGUGAUAAACGGAAUCUUCACCUAGGGAUAAGUAACCACGCAAGAAUUAUAAAUUGUAAUAAAAUAUUUUAUAGUAUACCAUUCAUAUACAAUUAUAUAAAAAAUAGUUUUACAAUCUAACAAUUCCUUCGUUAUAUUGCAUUACUCCUGUCAUAAAGACAACGUUCAGGCAAUUUUAAUUAGGUUA